AUGGCCUCUGCGGCCCCAUUCACCCCCCCAGCUUGGCUGCCGGUCGAGGGCGAUGCACACUUCCGCUGCUCCCUCGACCAGUCAUGCCACUUGGCAGUCGAAUCUGGCCAGGCGCCCUUGCGGCAGUGGGCCACCGACCUGCAGGCAGCUUUGCGUCUGGACCUGUCCAAGGCCUCCGGGCAGAUUGGUCGCCUGGCAGAUGCCGUGGGUCUUGUGAGCCGGGCCCCGGCCCCGGAGGCGGAUCUCUUCGGGUCCACGACGGCCGAGCAGUUUGCCUUCCACUUCGCCGGGCUGGUCAGUGCCUGCUUCUUCAGCACCGAUCAGUCGAAAAUCCGCCGGCCGCUGCUGGCCCUGAUGGGCAAUCUCCUGCGCGCGGUCGCCCGGUCCGAGGCCCCGCCCGAGUGGGCUCCCUCUGUGGCCCCGCUGGCCGUGGUCGAGGCCCUGCCCGGGGCCCUGCGCCUGGCGGCCGACUAUGCCGGGCCCCGGAGCCAGCUGGUCGCGGCCGGCAUCCUCCUGACCGUCGACCGACUGGUUCUCGGUCGGGAAGUCCCGCUGCCCGCUGCGGCCGCUGUGACUCCGGCCGAGGUGCUUGCCGGGCCGGGCCCGAUCACUUCGAUUCUGCCUCGGCUCACUACAUUGGACGCUCUGAAGCUCCUGGCAUCUGCCGCCUUCGAAGAGCCGAUUGGCGUGGCCGUCAUCCAAAACCGCUUCGCCGCCUGCCUGGGCCUGCUUGCUGGGCAGCUGGACGCGGCGGCGGCCUCGCUGGCAGGCACGGCCGACCCGGGGGCCCCGGUGCUCGCUGUCCAGGCCCUCCACAUCCAGGCCAUGUCCGGCGUCCUGCAAACCCUGUUCCGUCAGAUCCCCGGUCACCAGGAAUACGGGCGCCUGCUCGGUGCCCCGGGCUUGGUCCAUGGCACGGAGCCGGAGGAGCCCCCCGGCGCCCAGGCCGAUGGGGAUAUUGUGCCGGGGCUCCUGGCUCGCAUUGUGAUUGGCACGCGUGCCCUUUGCAUGACUCGAUCGGAGCACGUCCCGGCCAACAUGGUGUUCCACCUGUCGAUGCUGUGCGGGCAGAUUGUCUCCUGUCCCGGGUGGUCGAUGGCGGUCCGGGCGUCUGGCGGCGCCCUGCCGGCGCCUGUGACCGCGGGCGUCGCGCACUCGGAUGCGCUGGUCUUUGACCAGCUUCUGCUGGCCCAUCUGGGCGACAUGCGCCCGGCCGCGGGCUUGGCCAUCCUGCGAGGCAUGUUUGGGGGCCUGCCGCGGGCGGCCCUGCUGAGCGAGGACGCCGGGCUGCUGGCCGUGCGACUGCCCCGAGUGCUGGGGGACUUCGCCGGGCGUGGUCUCGAGGGCGAGGAUUCGACCCAGCUGCAAAGUGUCCUGGCUGACUGGACCAGCGAACUCCUGCGCCUGGCCCGGCAGACCGGCCCGGCUGACAAGCAACCCUCCGGCCGCCGGGCUGGCGGCACCCCGGCCAAGGCGCCGACCGACCUGCCAGCCGGCUUUGCCUUUGCCGACUGCCAGGCCCUGCUGCAGGGGGCCGGUCUCGGCUGGGUGUUGGACUAUGUGAUCCAGGUGUGGGACAACUCCCUGGCCAAUGCCGCCGCGCCGAGCAUUCGCACCACCCUGUCCAACCUCCUGUCGCUGAUGCCCUUCCUGCCGGCGGCCGCCGAAGGUGGCACCUUCGGCCCGCAGGCCUUCCUUUCGCGCAUCCUCUCGCUGGGGUGGCACUCAAAGGCCAUGUACAAGGCUCUGCGCCUGGCCAUUGCCCACAUCGACCUGCUGGCCUUCGAGGACACCUAUCGCGCUGUGGUGGCCGGCACCCUGGCCGCCUUCACCACGUACACCCAGUGCGCCUUCCUGGCCAGCGACCUGCUGGAGGGGUGCCUGCAACUGGCGGCCAAGUCCGUGUCCGACCCGGCGGCCCGUCGGGCCGUGGUCAUGGGCUGGAUCCGGCCCAUUGUGGACAUCAUCCUGCAGGAGCACUCGGCCGAGACCCGGCGUGACAUCGAGACCUACUGUCUGCGGAUUGUUCUGCGCGUGGCCCCGGAGAAUUUGAUCCUCCUGCUGGAGGAGGUUCUGGCCCGCGAGCCAGGGCUGACGCCUCAUGCCUUUGCCCGGGCCCCGAACCAGCCGUGGUCCUGGCUCAGUGCCCUGGUGGCCCUGGUGCGCCUGGGUCGCGAGGAGUCCCUCCUGGACAUGGGCAUGUUCUCCGAGGCCCUGGGGGUGGAUCAUCCCUUUGUGAGCAUCCUCCCGCCGUUGACGCCCGAGGAGGAGGCUGCGGCAGCCGAGCAGCCGGAGGACCCAACGGUUGAGGGGCCGCGCCGACUUCCGCGCGCGGGUGCCGCCAAACUCCGGCAGAUUUUCUCCCUCGGCCGGCCGGUGGUGUCCUACUUCCUGCUGGAGCAGGCCCUCUCGGUGUCGAAUUCCUUCACGCGUCUCGGUGCGCUGGGGAUCAUUUGCAACAGCCACAAGAUCGAGCCUCUGUCGCCUCGGGAGACCCACCUCCUUCUGCGCGUGUACUUGCCGAAUGCGCUGCAAGAGUCGUCGACGGAAUUCCGCCACGAGCAGUCGAUCCUGCUGGGCCGGCUCUUCCGCCGGGUGCGGGACUCCUACUACUCGCUGCACUACCGCCGGCGGCGGCAGUGCGACCGGGACGGCGGGUCGCUGACCCCAGCCGAGGCCCGUCGCGUGGCCGACCUGGAUGCGGCGAUUGCCCGGACCGAGGCCUUUGUGACGGAUUUGCUGCGGUUCUUUGUUGGACGUCUGCAGCCGGGCGCCCGAUUCCAGCAGGUGUCCACCUGCCUGGAUUGGCUACACGCGCUGGUGCCCACACUGGGGAUUGCCUCUGGCCAGGAUAUGCCCCUUCCGAGCACGGUCCAGUCCAAUCUGGCCGGCUGGCGUCUGCCAGUGGUGGACCCGGUUUCCGGCAAGUCCAUCAUUCGCACCGAGCCCCCCGGAGGCGGGAUCACCGAGGCGGAUGUCCUGCGGCUGACCUUCGCCCUGUGCAGCGACCCCGCGGACCCGGAUCGGCAGGCGGCCGAGCAGCAAUCCCUGCUGACGGCCCUGGUGGCGGUUCUCCUGGACACGGCGCUCUUUGACACGUACCGCCGGACCCAGGGCCAGGCCCUGGGGCUUCUUCGGCAGAUGCACGCCCCGUGGCCCGGUGUCAGCACGCCUGCCAUGGCAUCCGUCUACUUCGCCUCGGCCUUCCGUGUGGCGGUGCACAACACUCGCGGCCAGCCGAGCGACGCGGCGGCCGGCGUGCUGGGGCUUCUCUUUGAGAAGUACAUCAUCGGUUUGGGCUGGCGUCUGGCCGGGAUUGAGCCGGCCGCCCGCGUGGCGGACACCCCCGGGCCUGGCGAAGAUGAGGACCCGGUGCGGCAUUCGCUGGACCAAUUGCUCGGGGCCCUGGAGGCCGAUGCCGCCAUGGCUCGAGGCGAUCUUUGGGAGGCGAGCCAGCGUCGGCCGGCCUUCGGCACGCUCAAUGUCACGCGUGGCCUGCUGGCCCAUGUGAACCUGGCGGGCGUCCAGGCGGGCACCCCGGCUGGUCGGGCCUGGUCGGGCCUCCUUCUGCGCCUGACCACCAGCCUGGUUCAGCAGAUUGAGGCUUGUCGCGAGCCGCUGUCGGUCCCGGCGCCGGAGGGCAACUCGGCGGCCGAUGUGACUCAACUCCCGGGAGCCGAGGGGGACUUCCCGCACCCGGGCCUCGGGGAUGAGGACAUGACUGCCGGGGAUGUGAGCGACGACGAGUCGCCGGAUGCCGACCAAACUGGUGGCUGGCACCAGGUCCUGACGAGUGUUUGCUGGCGCAGUAUCAAGGCUGCAUGUGCCCUGCUUGUGGAGCUGCUCUCGCGUGCUGGGCAUUUGAUGGCCCCCCACAGCUUGGCUGAUGUGACGCGGUACUUUGUCAGUCUCCUGCUGACAAUGCGCCAUAUUGGUGGCAUUUCGGCCCUCUACACCAACCUGGCUGAGCUGUUCCUGCUUCUGGGCCAGGGCGGCCCCUCGGUCAAGGGGGUGCUCGAUCUGCCCCCUGCCGAAGUGGCUGAGGCCCCCUAUUUCGGCUUGGUGGCAGGGCCCACCUUCAUCGGGGCUGAUAGCGCAAUUGCUUGGGUCCUGCCGGCUGCCCUGCUUGCCCCCGAGGCGGCGGCCGCCCUUCACCACCCGACGUCGGACCCCCGGCCGAUCACCUUCUUUGAGUUGGUGCGCGCCGGGUUCGAGCGGCUCCUCUUCGCUGGCAAGAGCCUGUCCAUCACCCGGCGCUCUGCCGGCUUGCCGGUCAUGUUCCGGAUUCUGUUUGCACCGAUCCUCCAUACCCCCGAGGGGCAGGCCCUGCUGCGGACCACCAUCCGCACGCUGCUGGACAUUGCUCGGUGGCCUGCGCGCGAUACGGCCUCGGGCAUGAACUUCCCCCAGGUCCACUCGUUGAAUGUCCUUCAUGGCAUGGCGGUGCACUCGUCCUUCGCCACUCUCAUCGAGCCUUUCAUUUCGGACGCCUUUGAGCUGUCCAUCACGCACUUCAGCUCGCAGUGCUGGGACAUUCGUAACUCCGGCAUGAUGCUCUUCAGCGCCCUGCUUGGGCGCGUGUUCGGCCCGGCCAAGAACCUCCCCCAGUCCGACGGGGAGCUGACCCUCUGCUCGUUCCCGCACACAAGCGCCUCGGAUGCCGCGGCCGGGCGCCUGCAUCAUGAUGCCCUGGCCACGGUGGACUUUGAGGCGCCGGCCAUCCCGGCGGCCUCCAGCCAUCGACUGACCGCGUGGAAGUUCUUCAGCCAGCACCCCCAGCUGCUGGCCUUCGUGGGCAAGCAUGUAGCCAUGGCUGUGAAUGAGCUGGCCCCGAGCACCGGUGGAGCGGACACCGUGAACGUGGCCGUCCCUCAGCCGGGCCGCUCGCUCUUCCCCAUCCUGUCGCUGCUGUCGCGCUUUGCUCCUGUCCUUGACCAGUCGAGCCUCGCCGGGACCGAGUCUCAGCCGCCGGCCGGCAUGAUUUCCGACUCGAGCAGCUCCGGCACUGCUGCCUCCCCCAACUUGGCGGCGGUCCUCUCGUCGGAUGAGCUGGCAACCCUGCUGGCCACGCUGUCGCGCGAUCUGCUGACUUGUGCUCGGGGCGGGACCUACUGGCUCUUGCGCGGGGUGGCUGUCCGAGCUGUGACCGCCAUCGUGCCGGCCGGUGCCCUCAUGGGACAGAUCGUUCUCCCGGCGGCGGAUGCCCUCCGCCAGGAUCUGUCCUCCUGCUCCUCCUCCUCCGGGGUGGCUUGCCCGAAUGCCCUGCACGGGGCGGCGCUUGCCAUCAAGAUGGCCGCCCAGCGCCUUCUCCCGCUGGUUUCGUCGGCCGCUGCACUCCAGGAUAUCGCCACCAGUCUGUGCACUGUGCUGGCUGAGCUGCUGGCAUUGACCGGCAAUUCCAUGGCUCCGGCCGUGGCUCCAGCCCAUACGGCCCUGCUGGACACGGCCCUGCUGGUCCUCCACUACCUCCCUCAGUGGCUGGAGGCGGCGGCGGCCGGGGCGCCGGUGCCGGAUGUCGCCGCCAUGGCUCUCGCCGCCCUGGCGGCCGAGGUAGACCGCGCGGCCGAGCACCCGGCCCUGGUUCGGCUGCUGGUGCGCCUGGUCGACCCGCGAAGCAUGGCCCGCCGGCCUGAUGGCCCGGUAGUCCCGGGGUUGGAUUUGAUGCUGGCGAGCACGGCACGGGCUUUUGUCUUCCGGCACAUUUGGGGCCCCGGGGCCACGGGCGCCGGGCCACUUUCCGAGGACUUGGCCCUGGCGGUGGCGGCCCUGGCUGGCUGUGCCCCACGCGCGGGGGACCUUGCUGCUGGGGCUUGGUCUCCGACACAGGGCGACUUGCUCCGCUCCCGCCUGUUGCCGCUGUAUGCCAUGGCAUCCCUCUCGGCGGCCGCCCGGCAGGAGGCCCUCUUUGCAUUGGUCCAGCGCCUGCGCUUCGCCACCGCCUCGGCCACCUCCGCUGCCACCAUGUCCACCAACCCGGGCUUCCUGGUCCUGGCCCGGCAUCUGACUCGGCAGAUUGUCGGCCAGCGCGAGCCGGUUCCCGAGGUGGCGGCCGUCCUGCUGGCGGCCCUGCACGCCCUGCUACAUGUUGGCGGCAUGGCCCUGGCAGCAGGCAUCCGCUCCAGCCCCGGUGGGGACCUCCUCCAGCAGCUUGUGGCCAGCCAGCUGGCCGAUCUGGAGGCCGGGGUGGCCGAGCAACGCGUCACGGCGGCCACCGCCCCCCAGCUGCAUCUUCUGGCGGACCUCCUUGUCGGGGCUCUCGCCAACGGGGAGUCCAUGUCGGGGGAGCAGGAGGCCCGGCUUUUCCGCUCGCUCGGGGCCCUCUGCUCGGAGCGCGGCCCGGCACGCGGCCGUCUGGCCGUCUGCCGGGCCCUGGUGGCCUUGCUGGCCGGGGCCGAUCAUCGGGCCUGGCCGCUCCUGCGGCCAGGGUCGCGUGCUGGCGCGGCCCUCUGCUUCCACUUGGCCCUCCUGCUGCAGGACGACUCGCAGACCGUUCGUGAUGCGGCGCUCCUGGCGGCGAACCUGUUGCCAGCGCUGGAGGUUGGCGCGGGCGCCGGCCCGGGCAUCCCGCCUCUGGUGGCCCGGUCCCUGGCGGUCACCCGGCUGAUGUGUCUUUCUGGGGCCCUCUGCCCGGGCGCCCUGCUGGAUCUGGCUCUGGAGCACUUUGGCGUGACUGCCGCCCCCGCUGCCGGCGAUGAAGCGGCCUGGGCCGGUCGCUUGCAGGAGGCCGGCCGCGAGCUGGCCACCAGUGCCCACCUCUGGGCCAGUGGCCAGCGCCCGGUCGAUGACCGGGAGGCCACCGAUGCACAGGAGCAUCAGCCGAAGCAGUCGGCCACCGAUGCGGGUGGCAUCCGCCUGCCCUCGCUGCGUGGCUGCCAGCUUUUCAUCCAGGAAGAUGCCAACCUCUACCGGCAGCCGUCGCUCGAUGCCAGUGCCAUGGCCACGAGCAUCGGGUUCGUGGCCGCGAUGGCCGACCCGCCGGUGGAUGUCCUCCGGCGCCUGGCUCUGCUGGUGAUCCUGCUCAAGACCCAGGCCCUGCUGGCCCUGCCUCACCUCCAGGAGAAUCCCCUGGUCCGGCAGUAUGCCACCGACCGGCUGAUCAUCCUCGGCCAAUUGGCCGGGACUUUGGCCAGCCUGCGAAACCGCUGGCCGGAUCUCUUCCCCGCCGGGUUGGCUUGUGACGAUGUGCUCCACAUGGCCGCCAAGGAUCGGGGCGACUCCUCGCCGCAGGCGCUCCUGGGUCGGCAGGUCCGCUUGGUUCUCCUCGCGGCCGACUCCUACAUGAACACCGCCACCGCUUCCGCCCCCACCACCGCGCAGUAGACUACGGACGGAGCUCGCCCCCAGAGUAAGUGUGUGUGUGUGAGAGAGAGAUCCUUCUUUUCCCAUUUGCGCUCUCCCCCACCCAAGAUGCUGUUGCUUUCCUUCUCUCCCCCCCCCCCUCCCCC